AUGUCCUCAGGAAUGUUCAGAGCUGCAACUCAGGGCAGUCGUGCACUCCGCUCGGCAACAGCCACGCCAACUAUCAGGGCAAUGCUUUCAAGCACCACCGGCAGGAGCGCCAGGGCUGUUCUGCAGCGCACCCUUCGCCCUACCCUCACUGCUGCUUUCCAUACCACGCCCCUUCGAUUGACGUCUGAAGCAGGAUCGAACCCGAUGAAGGAGACACCAGUGAUCACCUCAGAAAACAUCACAGUCGGGGGAAAGACUUACCCCUCCGACAAAUACACCAACGUCACCCCCACCAUCCUCGAAAAAACCACCCGCCAGCUGCACCUCAACCCUAAGCACCCUGUCGCCAUCAUCAAGGAACUCAUCGCCUCAGGAUUCCCUGGCUUCAAACACUACGAUACCUUCUCGCCCGUUGUUACUACCAAGGAGAACUUUGAUGAUCUCUGCUUCUCGGAUGAUCACCCUGGACGCGCUGUCACGGAUACUUACUACUUGAACGAGAAGAUCAUGUUGAGGACACAUACCUCGGCCCACCAGUUGCGGGUCAUGACCGAGUCGGACAAGAUCCUCGUCACUGCUGAUGUCUACCGGAGAGACGAAAUUGAUGCCAGCCAUUACCCUGUCUUUCACCAGAUGGAGGGCGCACAGUUGUUCGACGCCAAGACUGCCGUCGAUGUGAUCCGUAAAGACAUUGCCCAAUCCACCUCUGCAGCCUCUGGAUCCAUCCACACCACCGACACCACAUUGAUCACCCCCGAGAACCCCAAGCAGGACUGUCACGACGAGGCCGCCAUGCUGGCCACCGCCGAUCACCUCAAGCACUCUCUCAACAUGAUGGUCCGCAAACUCUUCUCUCACGAAAAGGACCUCCAAGUCCGCUGGAUCGACGCCCAGUUCCCUUUCACAUCCCCCAGUUGGGAGAUGGAAAUUCUCUACCAGGGCAAAUGGCUCGAGGUCCUUGGCUGUGGAGUCAUUCGUCAGGAUAUCCUGGUCAAUGCUGGCAAGCCCGACAAAAUCGGAUGGGCUUUUGGAUUGGGUCUUGAGCGUCUGGCUUUGGUGUUGUUUGGUAUCCCCGACAUCCGUCUGUUCUGGUCCAAGGAUGACCGUUUUCUGAAGCAGUUUGAGCCUGGUACUAUUCAAAAGUUUAAGCCUUUUUCAAAGUACCCUGCCUGUAUCAAGGAUAUCUCGUUCUGGUCGAAUGAUCAGUUCCAUGAGAACAACUUUUGUGAGAUCGUCCGAGAUAUCGCCGGUGAUAUUGUCGAGGACGUCCAACUGAUCGACGAAUUCACGCACCCAAAGACCAAGAAGCGCAGCAUGUGCUACAGAAUCAACUACCGCUCUAUGGACCGCAAUGUCACCAACGACGAGAUCAACGUGCUCCAGGAGAAGCUCCGCGACGAAGUCGUCAACCGCAUGAAGGUCGAGCUCCGUUAA